AUGAUGAAAUUCGUAAUCCUAUUCAAGAUCUGGAUGCACUUACAGUUCCAGCAAAUAGUUAUCUAUCUCUAUAUCGAAGGUCAACUUCUUACCCAUGAUAAUAAAGUGCCAACAAAACUAAAAUUUAUUAAUAAUGCUAUAGCUUACUUGUUUCGUGAAAUACGUUUUGAAUUAAAUGAGGUAGUGAUUGACUCAAUACGUGAUGUAGGAUUAGUAUCAAGUAUUAAAAACUACCUUAGUCUUAACGAAAACCAAAGCCUGCAAUUGCAAAAUGCUGGGUGGUUUCCAAAAAGGAGUAGACUGGAAACUAAUAAAGAAGUCCCCACAAACAAUGUGUUGGUGGAUUCACAUGGAAACUUUAACGUCUGUAUUCCAUUACGAUUACUACUAGGUUUUUGUGAAGACUUUACCAAGGUCAUCUUAAACGUUAAAAUGGAGUUAAUACUAAUUCGGUCAAACGGUGAUAUUGACGCAGUAGUAAGCGAAGAUGAGAGCGAACGACCAAAAAUUAAUAUUACUAAAUUAAAUUGGGAAGUGCCACAUGUUACUCCUAGUAUUCGAGAACAGUUGCGACUUAAUAAGAUUUCACAUUCAAAUCAAGAACUUCCUAUUAAAUUUCGUAGUUGGCAAAUGAUGGAAUAUCCAGCCCUAAAUAACUCUACACGUCAUACAUGGUCAGUGCAAACCAGUACAAAAAUUGAAACCCCACGACACAUAAUUGUAGCUUUUCAAAAUAACAGAAAAUCGAAAUUAACAAAAGAUAUGAGUAAAUUUGAUCAUUACACUUUAAAAAAUAUCAAAGUGUUUUUAAAUUCUGAAAGAUAUCCCUAUAAUGAUCUUCAAAUAGACUUUAGAACUAAUAGGUUUGCCAAACUAUAUGAGAUGUUUGCUAAUUUCCAGGAAAGUUAUUGA